CGCCGUUAUUGGAAGAAGCACUGCUCCUCGCACAACACUACCACAGCACAACACCACCCGCCACGGCCCACAUCCGUUGCAUCUUCAAUCGUACCCAAACAGACAGCCUCAGCGACCAUGCCUCGCGAACUCAUCACGCUCCAGCUGGGCCAAUGCGGCAACCAAAUUGGCAACGAGUUUUGGAAGCAGCUCUGCGCUGAGCACGGCAUCAACUCAGAUGGCAUCCUCGAACAGUACGCUGCAGAAGGUACCGACCGCAAGGACGUCUUCUUCUACCAGGCUGAUGACGACCACUACAUUCCCCGUGCUGUCCUCGUGGAUCUCGAGCCCCGCGUGCUUGAUGGCAUUCGCGGAUCUGCAGAGACCAAGAACUUGUACAACCCAGAGAAUUUCUUCUGCUCCACAGACGGGAGCGGUGCGGGCAACAUCUGGGCGCGGGGAUAUGCGCAGGGCGAGCGCGUACAGGAGGAGAUUUUCGAUAUCAUCGACCGUGAGGCCGAUGGGUCCGACUCGCUCGAAGGGUUUAUGCUCACACACUCCGUCGCUGGUGGCACGGGCUCUGGUCUUGGCUCGUACUUUCUUGAGCGCCUUAACGACAGAUACCCGAAGAAGCUCGUGCAGACGUACUCCGUCUUCCCCCACAACCAAGAGAAGGGCUCGAGCGAUGUCGUUGUGCAACCCUACAACACCAUCCUCACGCUCAAGCGCCUCACACAGAAUGCAGACUGCGUGGUUGUGCUGGACAACUUUGCGCUGAACCGGAUUGCGUGCGAGCGGCUGCAGAUGGAUCAGCCAGAUGUCACCGUCGUCAACCACCUGGUGUCGUCGAUCAUGUCUGCGUCGACGAGUACGCUGCGGUACCCCGGAUACAUGAACAACGACCUGAUUGGGCUGCUGUCGUGCCUCAUCCCAACGCCGCGCCUGCACUUCCUCAUGACCGGGUACACGCCCAUUGUCUUCAAGGACAAGAUUGCCAACAGCGCAGUACGCAAGACGACGGUGCUUGACGUCAUGCGCCGGCUGCUGCAGCCAAAGAACAUGAUGGUGUCGCUUGGUGGCGGCCGCUUCGACACGCACCGCUACAUCUCCAUGCUCAACAUCAUCCAGGGAGACGUCGACCCAACGCAGGUGCACAAGAGUCUGCAGCGGAUUCGGGAGCGGCGCCUCGCGUCCUUCAUCGAGUGGGGACCAGCAAGCAUUCAGGUUGCGCUGUCGAAGCGGUCGCCGUAUCUUGCGUCUGCACAUCGCGUGAGCGGCUUGAUGCUCGCCAACCACACCAGCAUCCAGCACAUCUUCAAGCGCACCUGCGCAGACUACGACAAGCUCAUGAAGCGGCAGGCCUUCCUGGAGCAAUUCCGCAAAGAAAACGUCACACAAAACCUCGACGAGUUUGAAGACUCCAGGCAAAGCGCGGAGGAUUUGAUCCACGAGUAUCGCGCUGCGGAGCGCCCAGACUACAUUGAGCGCGUGUCCCAGGAAUCAUAGUCACACACGUGCAAUUACACAGGAAACGCCAACCAACCAACCAUCCAUCCAUCCAAACAUCUCUUUGUGUAACAAGUGUUGCUGUCAAUCCACUUCUGCUCAUCCCCAAGAUGUUCGUUUGUUGAGUGUGGAGGAGAGGAGCGUUGAUGAAGAGGAGAAGCGUGACGAGAGGAUUGGAGGGCCGCUAUCCUUUCUACACGAGCCGCGCUGCCAGGUCGUACACGUGGCCAGGCCCGCCCGAGGAUGGAUACCUGCAGUGGUGGAAGUGAUAGUUGGGGGGGGGGGGGAUGGCGUGUG